AGCGCCGUCGCUGUGCUAGCAACAACUGGGUAAUGUGGAGCUGACUUCCCAGCUGAAACACCUUAUUAAAACACAUUUUACACCGAUACACGCGCUUUGAGUACAGCUAAACCUGAGCCAGCAUGCCUCCAAAGAAGCCCGCCCCGGUCGCGGGAAAUAAAAAAACGCAAGAGAAGAAAAAGGAAAAGAUAAUUGAGGACAAGACCUUUGGCUUGAAAAACAAAAAGGGGGCCAAACAGCAGAAGUUCAUCAAGAAUGUUACUCAGCAGGUCAAAUAUGGACAACAAAGUGCCAGACAGAUUGCCCAGGCCGAGGCAGAUAAGACCAGCAAGAAAAAUGAUAAGAAGAAAGAGAUGGACGAACUUAAUGAGCUGUUUAAACCUGUAGUCACUGCCCAGAAAGUCAGCAAAGGUGUUGACCCAAAGUCGGUGCUGUGUGCAUUCUUUAAGCAGGGCCAAUGCACAAAGGGCGAUAAAUGCAAGUUCAGUCAUGACCUAUCAAUGGAGAGGAAAUGCGAGAAGAAGAACAUGUAUGUGGAUGAAAGAGACGAAGACCUGGAGAAAGACACUAUGGAGAACUGGGACGAGAAGAAACUGGAGGAGGUGGUCAACAAAAAACACGGAGAGGCUGAGAAGAAGAAAGCCAAAACACAAAUUGUGUGUAAGUAUUUCCUGGAGGCCAUUGAGAAUAAUAAGUAUGGCUGGUUCUGGGUGUGUCCAGCGGGGGGCGACACAUGCAUGUACCGGCAUGCUCUGCCACCCGGCUUUGUCCUGAAGAAAGACAAGAAGAAGGAAGAGAAAGAGGACGAGGUCUCGCUGGAGGAGCUGAUAGAGAAUGAGCGUGCAGCUCUGGGCCCAAAUGUGACUCGCAUCACCCUCGAGACUUUCCUGGCUUGGAAGAAGAGGAAAAGGCAGGAGAAGGUGGACAAGGCAAGAGAGGAGAUGGAGAAGAAGAAGGCGGACUUCAAGGCUGGAAAAUCGCUAGUGGUGAGCGGCCGCGAGGUGUUCGAGUUCCGUCCAGAGCUGGUUGACGAUGACGAUGACGAAGCCGAUGACACACGAUAUCAGAAUGAGGAUGAUGAUGAAUAUGAACAUGAGGAAGAGAUUGAUGUCACAGAGAUCCAGGACAUAGAUUUAUCCCGUUUCGUUCCACAAGAGGUUGACAACACAGGCAUUACUGUAGCAUCCACAGACCGUUUCGCCUCCAGAAAUAAGACUGAGCCAACAGAAACAGAGGAGCAGGUGAACGGAGCAUGCGGCGGCACCGAGGCCAACGGACUAUCAGGAGCCGAGGGAGGCGGGGAGGAAGGAGGAGGGGAGGACGACGGGGAAGAGGAAGUGCCGGUGGACGAAAACCUGUUCACAGGAGAAGACCUGGAGGAACUCGACGAAGAACUCAACACACUGGUGCUGGAAGAUUGAGCGGGGGAGUUGUUUGGGAGAUAAGGAUGGACGGACUAAAUGACAAAGGGAUGGACUGACGGAUGCAUGGAGCUAAACAACAGUUUGAUGAAUGAUUGAAAACAAGAUGUUUGAAUGAUUUUAAAUUUCAGAGACUCCAGUAAUAAAGCCUGAUUGUGUCAUGACAUCACUGCCCCCCCCCCCUUUUUCUGAAUUGCCCCUCACUCCAUGUCUCACAUCUCCCAGCAUCCUUGGCUUUCUGUCUGUCAGCUGUCCACAUUUCCACAGCGGGGCAAGUUGGCAUCGGGUUCAGCAGGGACAACUCCACAUGAAUGUUGGUGCAUUUACAUCAGAAGAGAAACAGGCUGCCGUGGUGGUGCACUUUUUGUUGCUCAGUGAGUUUGCUAGUACAGAAAUAAGUUGAAAUUAGGCUCUUUAAAUGUGUUUCUACUUCAGUUAAAAGUUAUGAAAUGAUUUGCAGACAAGGGCUUCACAAUGAAAGCGCUUGAGAAAUUUCAGAUUAUCGAAGGCUGUUGUGCAAAUUGUUUCACGUAGUGGGAAAUGAACAGAAACGAUUCUGUUGUAAGAAACUGAAUCUGUUCUGAGCUUCAGUUGCUCUCCUAUCAAAGUAAACAGGUGUUAGCACUUUCACUAAGUUCCAGUGGAGAUUGCUUCCCCUCAGAAGAUCCUUUAUUUCAUUUAGCUCAAAUUAAAGCCGUGAUCAGCGUUCUAUAUGUAGAAUCCAGUGUACACUUUGAUUGACACGGUCAGGCUGCCCCUUCCACAGUGUUGACAUGUUCUGGAGACCUGAUUAGUGCUACAAUUACAAGGAAACCAAAUGAUCCCGUUGCCAGCCCAGUAUUGUAAAUAAUGCUCUCAUAAGUUGCCUCCUUAAGAAAUAAAGAGUACCAUACGUC